AUGGCAACCACACUAGCGGGUCAAGCCCAGGCGGCGCGUCAGCUUUACACCUACGUGCUUCAACCACAACUGUACGGCGACCAUCACCAUCCGGAUCGCCAAAAUACACCAGAAGGACCAAUAUCUAUUGCGUUUUCAAAGUCUAGUCGGCGUACUAUUCACACCAAUAAUGACCUGGUCAAAGGCGUAGUUCACGUCAAAGCACGACUGCAAAUCAAGCGCGUCACGAUUAAGUUCAUCGGCAAAACAACAUGUCGCAUUUCCAACGACCGCAACCCUGCGAACCCCCACUGUGCCGAGGUUGAGCUCUUCUGCCAUGAAAAAACAUUGUCAAGGAUCCAGACUCCAACUGCGACAUGCCCGCCAGGACGGAUAGAAUACCCGUUUGAAUUCCGGUUCCCAGAAAACGUCGAAGCAACUCCCAAGCUACAAAAUGAAGCCCCAUUCAAACCAGACGCACUUUUUGAACACGAGACCGGCCACCAGCUCCCACCAUCACUCUGGUGCAACGAAAACAGCAUCUGCAACGAGUACUUGCUAAGAGCCGAAUACGUUGCAGAGCAAACAUCCUUCACCCUGAACCCCGUAGUAGUCCACCAGCUCCGCUUCAGCCCCUCCGUCCCCGAACUCAACAUACCCAGCCCACUCCCUAUGCUCUCCGCACCGCCCAUACGCUUUGAACGUAAAUCCCGGCCCUCAACCCCAGACCCCUCAAAGGAGCGCCGCGCACCCCUCAAGCGUCUAGCAUCGGGCCUCCGCAACAGCAGCUCCGAGAAAUUAGACGACACCUCCGCGACUUCCCUCCUCGUCCUACGGACCCCAGCACAGUACCGCGUAGGCGCCCCCAGCACACUCAAGAUCUCCCUCCAAGCCACGCUUACAAACGGCGGCAUCGACCAACAGCAACAGCCGCCCGCCGCCGUCCACCUCCGCGGCAUCCGCGCCCAAGUCAGCGCCCACAUCGCCUCGCGCGUCCCGCUCGCCUCCGCCGCCACCGGCGACGUCCGCAGCGAAACCACCGAGAAAUUCGACCUCUUCAACCACCGCUAUGUCAAACCCGGUAUAGAAAUCACACACGACACCACGCUGGACGGGUUGCUAAUCAACAACAUUGUGCCCCCGACCUUCAGGACGUAUGCUGUCACACUGCGCUACGAUGUCAAGUACAACUUGCUGCUGGAGUGUGCGGGCAAGGAGUCAGAGCAUGAGGUUGAGAUGAAGGAUGUGGUUAUCGAGCCCAUGACGAGACCAGGCGGGCAUUUGGGACCGCCGGAGGAGCCGCCGCCGCCGUUGAGGGAGGGCGAGAUGGAUGUUGCGAGGGAGAUGAUGAUGAGGCAGGGUGGUGCGAAUGGGGUUGUUGGGGAGCAGGUUCCGCCGCCGGCGUAUCAGAGAUGA